GGUCACUAAGCACCGUGACAUGGAAAAGGCUGCAGUCGCAUCUGCAUUUCCGCAGCCUGGGAAACUUACCUAGGUAACAGUUCAACUGUUCACUUCUAUUCAGUCAUGGUUCUUUGGCCUUUCUUUAUACCUCCAACUUCUGCCUACUCACAUACCGUUCACUGACAGAAGUACCUCUCCAGACACAAUUGCAGCACCUUUGACAUUAGUCUAGGCCAAUCUCAUCUUUUACCCUCUGCCUGCGGGGUGGCUCCCCCACUCGAUCUUUGAACGUCUGCGCAGCCUCGUCUGAUCGCUUGCUCACGCAACCGCCAACUGCGCACGCCAUACUGCCUUGAAGACGUCGCGUGUCAUGUUCACAGCAAAGAGACUAGGCAAGGAACUGCAAAAGGCCAAGCAGAGUCUCCCUCCAGGCAUCGACCUUGUCAAAGCAGACGACUUCCGAGAAUGGCAGGUCGACAUACGAGUCCUCGACGCGAAUCCUCUCUACAUGAACCAGACGUUCCGCCUCAGUUUUAUAUUCAGCGAUAACUAUCCUAUAGAAGCACCUGAAGUAGCAUUCAUCCACAUCCCUCCCUCGUCCUCUACAGCCUCUACCACAUCGCAAACGCAAUCACAAUCACAAUCACAACCCAACCCUCUGUCUUCUGGCCGACCCAUACCGAUCCACCCACACAUCUACAGCAACGGAAUCAUAUGUCUUGACUUGCUCGGCACAGCGGGCUGGUCGCCCGUCCAGAGCGUCGAGUCAGUCUGCAUGAGCAUCCAGAGCAUGUUGACGGGCAACACCAAGAACGAGCGACCGCAAGGCGAUGAGGCCUUCUGCCAGAGUAUGGGCACGAGAGGGCCCGAGGGCUGGAGUGGGUGGAGGGGCGGACGUGGACGAGGGCUAAAGGACGUACGAUUCGCUUAUGACGACGAUACGGUAUGACGACUGGUACUCUGGAAGCAGCUUCUUUGGCAAUUUGGACUCGAGACUCGGAUUGAGCGAGACGAGAUAUCCGGCCGUUCCUACCGUACGCACAGGUGGAUGACAUGUGACGCUCGGUGGGAUCCAUGGCCAUUGGAAGUUAUGCAUUGCGACGAGGCAGUUCUGAGGCAGAGAACUAGGAUAUUGGCAUGCUAAGGCUAUGAUACUACGUAUGCGGACUGGCUGGCGCGGCGAAGCA